AUGGUCUUAUGGUAUCCACCUGCUGCCCCUUGGGUGAAGUUGAACACUGAUGGUGCCUUCUCUACAUCGACACUGGAGGCGGGGGAGGGAGGAUUGGUUCGAGGUUCUGAUGGAGGCCUUCUGCGGGCCUUCUGUUCUCCAGUAGCUGCAUCAUCAAGCUUUGAGGCGGAGCUUUUGGCUCUGAUUCGGGUUCUGGAGAUGGCUAUGGAGCUCUCUACACACAUUUGGAUAGAGCUGGACUCAGCGGCUCUGGUUACCUUAUUGUCAUCUACACAUCUUGGAUAUGCGGAUCUUAGACAUCAUAUGGCUUUGAUCCGGAGUAUGACAUCUCAGCGGCAGGUUCGAUUCUCACAUAUCUACAGAGAAGGGAACCGGGCUGCCGACUUUCUGGUAGGUAGGGGGAUCCAAACCCCUGCCCUCACAUACUACGAUCCAAUCUCUGCGCCUCGGUACCUGAAGGCGCUAGUUAGGAUGGACCAGCUGGGAUAUCCUAACUUCCGUUUCCGACGGAGAGAUGUGGGUUGA